AGGGGUUAACUGAAGCUUCAUUUGAAUGAGCAAACAAAGUUCAAACUUGACGUGCUGCUCCUCGUCCUGGAAUGUAGAAAAGCCUGAUAACGCCUCCCUGUGUUGUGUAACAACAAAUACGAUUUCAGGAGAAAAUAACUACGGGUUAUUUAUUUCCCUCCAAUAAAACAUGAAACCUGGAAACUUAAUGAAUCAUGUAUGAAAGUGAACAUAGAAACAGAGGAGUGUUGAAACUGGGGAGAAGGUUUUAACUGCAGCUCUAUUUGAACACGGAAACAUAUCUGAAAGUUAGAGUGCAGCUCUUCGUCCUCCCCCUCCUCUCUCUGCUCUCUCUCUCUCUCUGCAGACACUUCCUGUUCCCUCCCCUUCAGAUCUGAAGUCAUAAGGAUGGGUGUAGCCUGCAGAGCUGACAGGCUCCACCUCCUCCACAUGUUGUUCAGAUCAGAGCUCAGACCAGUUUCAUUUAUCAGGAAGUCAGACACAGACGGGCUUCGUCUCUGAGAGGUGAAAUGGCGCAGAAAGGAGUUCAGCUGGACCGGGAGAGUUUCUCUUGUUCGAUCUGUCUGGAUCUCCUGAAGGAUCCGGUGAGUCUUUCCUGUGGACACAACUACUGUAUGAAGUGUAUUAACAGCCACUGGGAUGGAGAGGAUCAGAAACUGGUCUACAGCUGCCCUCAGUGCAGGAAGAUCUUCACACCAAGGCCAAAGCUGGAGAAAAACACCAUGUUAGCAGAUUUAGUGGAGCAGCUGAAGAAGACUGGACUCCAAGCUGCUCCUGCUGACCACUGCUAUGCUGGACCUGGAGAUGUGGCCUGUGAUGUCUGCACUGGGAGAAAACUGAAAGCCUUCAAGUCCUGUCUGCAGUGUCUGGCCUCGUACUGUGAGAAACACCUCCAGCCUCAUUACGAAUCACCUCCAUUAAAGAAACACAAGCUGGUGGAGCCCUCCGAGAAGCUGCAGGAGAACAUCUGCUCUCAGCACGAUGAGGUGAUGAAGAUGUUCUGCCGGACCGAUCGGCAGUCUAUCUGUUAUCUCUGCUCUGUGGACCAACAUAAAGGCCACGACACGGUCUCAGCUGCAGCAGAAAGGAGCGAGAGGCAGAAAGAGCUGGAGGUGAGUCGACUCAACAUCCAGCAGAGAAUCCAGGACAGAGAGAAAGAUGUGAAGCUGCUUCAACAGGAGCUGGAGGCCAUCAAUCGCUCUGCUAAUAAAGCAGUGAAAGACAGUGGGAAGAUGUUCACUGAGCUGAUCCGUCUCAUGCAGAAAAGAAGCUCUGAGGUGAAGCGGCAGGUCAGAUCCCAGCAGGAAACUGAAGUGAGUGGAGUCAAAGAGGUGGAGGAGAAGCUGCAGCAGGAGAUCAGAAAGCUGAAGAGGAAAGACGCUGAACUGAAGAAGCUCUCAAACACAGAGGACCACAACCAGUUUCUCCACAGCUACCCCUCACUGUCAGCACUCAGCCCGUCUACAUCCAGCAUCCAGAUCCGUCCUUGCCGCCGCUUUGACCACGUGACAGCGGCCGUGUCACGAGUCAGAGACAAACUGCAGGACGUCCUGAGAGACAAAUGGACAGACGUCUCACUGACUGAAGUGGAUGUUUUACUGCCGGCAGCAGAGCCAAAGACCAGAGCUGAGUUCUUACAGUAUUCACGUGAAAUCACUCUGGAUCCAAACACAGUAAACAGAGAUCUGUUACUAUCAAACGGAAACAGGGAAGUUACAUUUACGAGACAAAAACAGCGUUAUCCUGAUCAUCCAGACAGAUUCCUUGAUGUGUGGCAGGUCCUGAGUAGAGAGAGUCUGACUGGACGAUGUUACUGGGAGGUGGGGUGGAGAGGGACAGGAGUUAAUCUAGGAGUCUCAUACAAGAACAUCAGCAGAGCAGGGAGGUCAGGUGACUGCAGUUUUGGAUAUAAUAACAAGUCGUGGGCGUUAGGUUGUGCAUAUAACACGUAUUACUUUCUGUACAACAAUGUCUAUACUUCCAUCUCAGGUCGUUCGUCCUACAGACUGGGAGUGUACCUGGAUCACAGUGCAGGUAUUCUGUCCUUCUAUGACAUCUCUGAAACCAUGACCCUCCUCCACAGAGUCCAGACCACGUUCACUCAGCCGCUCCACGCUGGAGUUAAUAUUUAUGAUUUUAUUGAGGAAUGGGGGGCCUCUGCUGAGUUCUUUAAACUAUAAUAAUCAGAAGUGAUGUAAAGAGCAGCAGGUUAAACUCUUCAGACUCCAGGUUAAAUCUAAAUAUUGUGCUUCUUUCAGACUGGUGGAAAGAGAACAUGUUUCUUUAACUUCACUUUGUUUAUUUGCGUCCGUAGAUUUCUCCUAAAUUCAACAAAAGUUAACGUUGGAUAACGCCUCAUUUACAUAUUUAAACAGGUCAGUAAUCAACUGGGGAAGAUUCACUGUGAAAUCUGUAAGUUUAACAUUUUACUGGAUUCUCAACUUUGCAUUUUAAUUAAAUUACAACCUUCAAUGAACAACAAAAUUAAUCAGAGAUAACCAUUGUUAUUUACUGUUCUUUUUUUAUUCAGAUGUUUUAUUCAACAAAAAUACUGUGUAAAUAAUACAGUAACUUUUCUUAAAGUUCUAAUUCUUAUAAUAAAAAAAUGCAAAUAAAAAACUACUGUAAAAAUGGUAUUUUCUGUAAAAUCAGGUGUAUCAGUGUUUUAAUGUAAAAGUAAACAUAAAUAUAAAACUAAUAAGAACAUCAUUACAAUUUCAAAGAAAACUUUUUAAUUACAGAUAUUUAUUGUAAUUUUAAAGUAGAAGUAAACUGUAGAAAUAAUACAGAAACUUUCUGGUACAAAAAUCUGAAAUGAAUGUAAUUUGUUUUUAUCGGCUUUAAACUUGAAUUAACAGUUGUGUUGUUAAUAAUGAGCUGCAUAUAUUUAAUUAAAGAUAAUUAUUGUCAUUUUAUGUUUAUUUGUAUGUGAUUUAAAUAAGCAGAAGAAAUAUUGUAGAAAUAUUAUUGUACAUAUUUUUUUGGAGUUUGUUAUUAUUGGUGUAAAACUUAAAGUAACAGUUGGGUUUUUAAUUUACAGAAAGUGUCUGUAAUUUUAGAGUUUUUGUUCAGUUAAAAAAUAAAUAA